GCGUAGACGCCACCUCGCGGGGGCCAGUCCGAGCGCAGAAGUGAUCCUGAGGUGUUCACCGAUAGUUGGCGGUCGUCCCGGUUUUCACGCGAUAAACUCUCGUCGUCGUUCCCCGACGCAGACGGUCCUGCGGUUACUGCUGCUCCGUGAAACGGACGCAAUACCGAUGGCGGAGCACUGAGAUCAUUGAGAGGUGACUGGAAAGAUCUAGUCGCGCUCCGCGGAAUCACCAUCGAGGUAUCCAGCCAGUUCACACACAAGGAUCAUGAAAAUGGUGCUGUCUCAACGUCAGAGGGAGGAGUUAAAUAAGGCGAUCGCGGAUUACCUUAGCACAAACGGCUACCAAGAUGCUCUGGAGGCAUUUAAGAAAGAAGCAGAUAUGCCGGGAGAGGUGGAGAGGAAGUACGGAGGCCUCUUGGAGAAGAAGUGGACCUCGGUCAUACGGUUGCAGAAAAAAGUAAUGGAACUGGAGUCUAAACUUUCCGAGGCGGAGAAAGAGUUUAUAGAAGGCGCACCAACGCGCGGCAAGAGAUCGCCAUCCGAAUGGAUACCGAGGCCGCCAGAGAAAUUCUGUCUGUCCGGACACAGAGCCCCUAUCAAUAGAGUUAUUUUCCACCCGGUUUUUAGUCUUAUAGUAUCCGCCAGCGAAGAUGCUACCAUUAAGGUAUGGGACUUUGAAAGCGGCGACUUUGAGAGGACGCUAAAAGGCCACACCGACAGCGUGCAGGACAUCGCGUUCGACACUUCGGGAAAGCUGCUCGCCUCCUGCAGCGCAGACAUGUCCAUCAAGCUGUGGGAUUUCCAUCAGUCGUUCGCUUGCGUUAAGACCAUGCACGGCCACGAUCACAAUGUCAACUCAGUUGCGUUUGUGCCGCAGGGUGAUUUCGUAGUGAGCGCCUCCAGGGAUAAGACCAUCAAGAUCUGGGAAGUGGCAACGGGCUACUGCGUGAAGACACUUACAGGACACAGGGAAUGGGUGAGAAUGGUGCGAGUUAGCCCGUGCGGCGAGCUCAUUGCCAGCUGUUCGAACGAUCAAACUGUCCGGGUAUGGCACAUCGCGACGAAAGAGACAAAGGUCGAGUUUAGGGAACACGAUCACGUGGUGGAGUGCAUCGCAUGGGCGCCGGAGAACGCGAGGGCGUCGAUCAACGCGGCAGCCGGAGCGGACAACAAGGGCGCGCACGAAGGGCCUUUCCUCGCUUCCGGUUCACGGGAUAAGACAAUCCGCGUUUGGGACGUCGGCGCCGGGGUGUGCCUCUUCACCCUCAUCGGGCACGACAAUUGGGUGCGAUGCAUUGUCUUCCAUCCUGGCGGCAAGUUUAUCGUCAGCGCGUCCGACGAUAAGACGCUGCGAGUCUGGGACACGCGCAAUAAGCGAGUGAUGAAGACCCUCGAAGCGCAUCUUCACUUCUGCACUUCUGUCGAUUUCCACAAGAAUCAUCCCUAUGUGGUCACCGGAAGCGUCGAUCAAACGGUGAAGAUUUGGGAGUGCCGCUAGUCACCGAAUUUUAGAUUUUCCGUCAGACGUCGUGUAUGCGGAAGCGAACGGAAAUAUAAACGAGAGAAAAGACGAACGCGCAUCCAUUUUAAUGGAAUCGGCCGAAAGAGUAAGCUGCUACAAAAGCUAUCGUACAUAUGCUAUUAAUAUUAAUAUUAUUAUUAUUAUACAUAAACACACAUAAACACGUAUUGGUUAAGAGCUCUUUAAUUAAUUUAUAAAAUAAAGUAUAAUUAGUAAUUAUAUUAUAAAAUACAUCGUUUUACGGCAAUGAACUGCACUAUUCGAGGAGAGUGAAUCGAGAGAAACGGUCACGAGGAUCAAAUGAUCGAGAGGACGUUCCCACGAGUUCUCAUUAUGGAUCACCUGCGGAACGUGGGGUCAUUCUAAUGCCAUAUACAGUUACAAGAGUUAUAUUCCUUUAGACAGUUGUGCAAUUGUAGUAGGCAUUAUUAUUCUGUACAUAUACUGUGUCUUUAUUCGUAGCGCGAAAUUUGUCGUUGGCGGGUACGUUAACUCACCUUUGAUUUAAGGGCCUGUUCUGUAACUCUUAAUAACAUUCUCGAUAUUGUUAUAUUAUCAUUAUGCGGCUUUUUACUAUAUAAAAUAGCAUCAAGCAACGACAAAUUUGUAACGAUGCCGAUACUGUCGUUAACAUUUGCAGAAUAGAGGUCCUUACUCUUACUCUCUUCGCCUGGUUAUGCAAUGUAUCCGUUAAAGUAUUAGUUACCAACUGGUCUUGUAUACACACAUACACACACGUACGCGCGCGCGCGCACGCGUAAAGAGAGAAGAAGAAGAUCGUCCUCCUCGAUUAUGACCUUGCGUAAGAACGCGUCGAAUCUCUAACUUUCUGUCGGCAGCGACGAAAAUUUCGGCUGUGGCGUCACCACGCAACUAUGAUGGUAACUAAUUCGUUGUCACUUAAAUAUCCGCGCGCUCUCCUCGAGAGUUCUUGAGAGAACGAAAGAUGUUGCUCCUUUACUCAUAUAUAUAAAUAUAUAUAUAUAUAAGCAUAUUACACGCAGAUACACAUACAUACAUACUUACACAUACACAUGUAUAGACGCGCAGUGUCUUUGUAUCAUACAAACUAUCGAGUGUUAAUGAUCGUCUAAUCGGCUCACGUGUGUGUCCUGAGUUGUUAUCACAUUGCCGCAUUAAUAGACAUCUGUUUCUUUUUGUGGGACACGUAACGUCGCAAGUAAUAUAGACCGAAUGACAAUGGCAACAAAAGUGGUACAACAAUGCGAAGACUGUCUCUCAACUGCAAACGAAUAUAUUGUUACACUUCUGUGCGUAAAUCGGAUUCUCUCGAAACGGCAUAUCUUUUUCGGAAGUUUAAUGGAUUUACAUGUACAAUCGAAUCUCAUAGAAUCGAAAGAGAUAUGUUUAUUUUAUUUUUGUGCGCAGGGAUUGCGAAUUGGGAUAACUGAGGUAAUGAAAUUUAAAGAACACCUGGAAUAUAGAUUGAACAAUAAAAAAUGAAUUUGCCCGUCACAGGCUUGUAACGUUUUAGAAUCGUGCGUUAGUAACGAUACUACAAUGAGCAGCCGAAUCUAGAGAAUGCGAUGACUUUGAGCCGAUGGGAGAGGAGACUCGUGAGGCGUAACGUGUGAAAGUCUUAGAAGCGCAUAGUUCAUUGCGUGGGUUCCAAGAGAGAAGGUGGUACUAGUUGUAUCUUUUAGUUCUAACUAGUAUUAGUGGUAGCGCAGACAUUACGUAGACGAUAGAUGGAAGAUAAGGGAAUAAACCUCGGAGAGAAUACGAAGUUAAGGAUUGAUCGACACACAUACACACAUAGAUACAACGCGCGCGCGUACGCGCGCGCGCAUACACCCACGUACACAGCAUACAGAUACACAUGAAGCAAAGCGUCCGAUUUUUCAGGCAUUCGAUAAGAAGGGAUAUUCGCACACGUGUAUAAAACGUGCAAUCCGCAAGGAAGGAAAUCAGUAAUCGAUAAUCGCUUAAUUAAGGAUGAUUUUUCCAACAUGAUAUACUUAAUUACUUGACUGCUACCUUCCCCUACUGUUUAUUCAGCCGAGUAUGAAACAAGAAAUUCCCCUUCAUCCGAGAAGAGAUACCCUUCAAUUAAUAUGUGGUACUAAAUUAUUUUGGUGAAUAAUAAACAGAGUUGUCACUGAGA